UAAUCAACACAAAACUUUUCAGAAACAGGGCCAGAAAACAGAGACCGAAAGCCCAGAUCACCUCGUCAACAAUCGCCAUGGCCGCCAACCUUGCAAUCCACUACCUCCCUAACUAAACCACCACCAUCGACUUCUCUCCUAUAAAACUCCAACUCCCUCCUCCCCCCUGCACCACUUCACUCUUCAUCUGCUUCUUCUUCCACUCUGACCCAACAUUCCAAAACAGAGCACUAACAAUGGCGUCGACGUCCUCCUCAUUCGAGCUCUUCUUCCACCUCCUCCCCCUCCUCCCCCUCCUCUUACUUUCAACCAUGAAGACGACAACCAUGGCGGCCUUUGAAGACUUCACUUCCUUCGUCUACGUUGGCUGCUCGCAGAACAGGUACACCCUUGGCUCCCCCUACCAACUCAACGUCGACUCCCUACUCACCACUCUCGUCAACGCCGCCACCUUCUCCUCCUACCACGACUCCACCUCCGCCGCUGCAUCCGCUACCGCCCCCGCCUAUGGCCUCUUCCAGUGCCGCGCCGACCUCCCCGUCCCCGACUGCGCCGCAUGCGUCCGCUCCGCCCUCGACCGCCUCUCCUCCCUCUGCCCCUCCUCCGCCGGCGCCGGAGUCCAGCUCAAGGGCUGCUUCCUCCGCUACGCCAACGACUCCUUCCUCGGCAAGCCCGACACGGGGCUCGUCUACAAGAAGUGCGGCGCCGCCACCGCCUCGGCUGAGGUCGCCGGCAUGCGCGACGCCGCGCUAAGCGCGCUUGCCGGCGGCGGGGGGAUGGGGGAGUACAGGGUGGGGGCGGCGGGGCGGGUGCAGGCGUUGGCGCAGUGCGUAGGCGACCAGGACGGGAAGCAGUGCGGGGACUGCGUGGCGUCGGCUGUGGAGCAGGUCAAGGACGGGUGCGGAGCGGCCGACGCCGGAGACGUUUACCUCGGCAAAUGCUACGUCAGCUAUUGGUCCACCGGAGCUUACGCCUUGGCCAGUCCCGGCCACUACCACGGUGAUCAUGUGAGUGGACGAACCAUAGCAAUUGUUCUUGCUAUCACCAUUGCAGUUGUUGUUGGGAUAAUCUUCUUAUCAGUCAUGCGAAGAAGUGGAAAGUAAUUUUGAAUUAGUCCUGUAAGCCUGUUUUAUUAAUUUAAUUAAUUCUGAACACAAAAAAGCUUUUUUUUUUAUUUUAAUUAGCUUAUCAAUGUAUUGCUUUAAUUGCCUUUUUGAAUGAUAAGGUAAAGUGCUUGUUGCUUUC